AUGAAGUUUGAACUCCAGCUUGUGAUCUUCAUCUAUGUUCUGCUCCAAGAGUCUCUUUCACUGCAGCACCGAGACCUACUCCCGUAUUCUGAUAACCUUACGGAACUGCCAACGAAGAAUUCCACACAACUGUCCCGUGAUCAAAUCAGAAUCCCUACACAAAGAGUCUCUCCAGGAGUCUCAGAGUGUUUCCAGGUGAAUGGAGCCGAUUACCGGGGCAACCAGGACCAGACGUCUGUCGAGAACGGGAAGCGGUGCUUGUACUGGAACGAAACGCGCCAGCACGCUUACAACACGCGUGUGUACCCCAACGGGGAAUGGGGGCUGGGGAAUCAUAACUACUGCCGGAACCCGGACGGUGAUGUACAGCCGUGGUGUUACAUCUCGGAGAGCGAGGAAGGCAUUUACUGGAAGUACUGCAGUAUCCCCAGCUGUACAAUGCCAGGCUACCUGGGCUGCUUCGUGGAUACGGGGAGCCCGGCGACGCUGAGUGGCAGCAGCGGCACCUCCACCAAACUCACGGUCCAGGUCUGCGUCCGGUUCUGCCGCAGGAAGGGCUACGAGUUGGCAGGACUGGAGGCGGGAUACGCCUGUUUCUGCGGCAGCCGGUCGGACCUGCGCGGACAGAGACGGACCAGCCUGCUGGAGUGCAACCAAGUCUGCUUCGGGCAGUCCAGCCAGCUGUGUGGGGGCGACGGGCGUCUCGGGGUCUACGAGGUGUCCGUGGGGUCAUGUGGGGGAGAUCUGCGCUCCCGCUCUGGUGUAAUCUACUCCCCAGAAUACCCGGAUACCUACAAGCCAGACUCGGAGUGUUUCUGGGACCUGCGGCUACCAGCCGCCCAGGCCGUUGAACUGGACAUCCGCCUGUUUGAGCUGCGAGAGGGGGGCGACCGGCUGGAAGUGCAGGAGGGGCGGACAGGGCUGCAGCUGGCCACCUUCGCUGGGGGGAGCUCCCCCCUGGGGACCCACCGCUUCCACGCCAGCUGGAUCCGGCUCCGGUUCCUCUCCAACUCUGUCCACCAGGGUCAGGGAUUCGCACUGGUUUACCGAGGUCUGGAGAAUGAUGACGUCAGAACAUGGACAGAAGCCCCAAGAUCCUCCCCCACGGAGACCAAGGGGUUGGAGACCGGACGUUCGAACAGGAUGAUGACCGGAAUAGCAGCCUGGGCCAUGUACACAGCCGUCACUCUAACAGGCAUCAUUAUCCUUGUCACAGUGUGUCACCUGCACAAGAGCACCUGCACUCGAAUUCAGCAGAAGAUGGCGUUGGGCCUCUUGGCAUUGAGAAGGCAGUCAGAUCUCGGCACUUGCCACACCACCAAAGGCUGGGCAGUCACCUACAAGCAUUCGACAGAGGUCCUUGUGGGGCCUUCCACAGCCCAGAGUGUGGGGGCUGAUUUGGCCUCUCCCGACACCCUCUCCAGCUCCUCUCUUAAAUCCCUCCUCAACAGCAACUAGAUGCCCCCUCUCUCCCCACCAGGGGUUGGACACUGAUAUCUACGGUACCCACUCUCUCCCUCCCCUUCCACUCUCCCGUCUCUUCUACCGUGGGAGAAACACUUCAAGCUGCCUCCCCACCUGAGAGAGGUGUGUGACA